UGGGUCGUGUAAUAAUGUGUACAGUAAGAGUUUCAAAAAUUCGAUUUUUAUUUUUAAAUCCGAGAUAUUAAGUUUUUUUUUUGUCUUUGAGUAUUCGGAUCCUCCGAUCCGUCAUCCAUCCGCCCUAUUUCCUUGCUCUUCCUACAGAUCCCCCUCUCGGUAUUAUUCCUACUCUUCGCAAAUCUCCACCUCAUUACUGGAUCGGUUAACGCAACUUUAAUGGAGUUUUGAUUAUCCACACGCCCAUUAAGGUACUGAGGAAGAGGGCUGCGUGUUGUUAAGAGAAGAUCAAUGCGAAAUGAUUGCGAGUGAUCCUCAGAAAAUGUCCCCAUUUUGCAUUUUUGAGCUUCUCGGAGAACUCACGCAGUGCAUAAGGAAUCUUAUCUGGGUGUUUGCUUUUUGCUGUUCAAUGAAGAAAAAGCAACUGAGUUUUGAAAGAAAAGUGUAUAACACAAUGGAUUAUGAGGAUGUCAUGCCUUCUAAUGGGUUUGAGUCCGUUCAUCAAAAUGGCAUGCAUGGGCAAAUUUUGAACGACAGAGAGGAUGCUAUUGCUGUGAGCGAUGCCAAUGUCGUUGCAGAAACUGCAGAUCUUGUUGCAAUAGAGGCGAGCUUACAUGAGUUUAAGUUGGAUGCCAGUGGCAAUAACAACAAUUUUUCUUCUGGCUGUGCAAGAGAGAUUGAUGGAUCAAAAACCCAUAAGGAUGGUGAAGCAGUUACUGGGGAUAAGUUGAAAAAUUCUGGACCUCAGAAGAUUGAAGGCAAGAAAAUCAAUGGGAAGCUGCCAAAUACCAAAGUUACUUCAACGAUUGGAGCAAGGAAGAGUAAGGAUGGAAAGAAUCUGGAAGCUGUUGGCUUGAGUUCACGUACAAAACAACCUGCUGUAAGUCAAUCAUUUAAUGAGAGAAAAACUCAAUCUAAGCAUGGUGGAAAAUCUGAUGCAGCAUCGUCAGAAAGCUUUAUAGAGAAGACAAAAAUUAAGGCCUCGAAAAAAGGAUCUAUUGAUAAACCAGAGGCCGAUGCUCAAUCUUCUUCAAGUCCUACUGCAGGAGAUUCAAAACCAUGCAGAGUUGGUGCACUUCCAAAUUACGGGUUCAGUUUUAGGUGUGAUCAGCGGGCUGAGAAACGAAAAGAGUUCUAUACUAAGCUCGAGGAGAAGAUUCACGCUAAGGAAAUUGAGAGGACUACAUUGCAAGAAAAGUCCAAGGAAUCUCAAGAAGCUGAAAUCAAGAUGCUCAGGAAGAGUUUGACAUUUAAAGCUACACCAAUGCCGAGCUUCUAUCAAGAACCUCCUCCAGCAAAGGCAGAACUAAAGAAGGUACCACCAACAAGGGCCAAGUCUCCCAAGCUCGGUCGAAGGAAGACCUCCAAAGUGGAUGAAUCUGAAGAAAAUGGCGGCGGUGCAAGCCGGCGGUCAGGCCGCUUGAGCCUGGAUGAGAAGGUGUUUCGCGACAACCCUCCCAAAGGACCUUCGCCUGCAAAUUCUAAGAAGCCGCUUAGAAAGUCACUUCCUAAACUGCCUUCUGAAAAGACCACUUCGUCAGGUGGGAUGGCUAAAACUGCGAAAGCAAAAGAUGCAGAGGGAAUGAACUUGUCAAGCACAAGAAUGGAGGAAAAGCUCGACACUUUAACUGAGAUGUAUGAAGCUGCUGCUGACAAUCAAGAGCAGGAGGCAAUUCCUACUGCUGAAUCGAAUGCAAUGCAUGUUCACUCAGAAACCAUGCUGCCAGUCCAGGAGGAGCAACCCAAGCCCACCUUUGUGGAGGAACCAUAGAUUCUGAGACAUGGGAAGGACAAUGUAGAAUUGGUGCGGACAAAAGUCAGAGAGGUAUGAGAAUCAAAUUGUACUAUAAGAACAGGUGGAGAAUUUUCUUUUUAUGGAAGAUCACGCCUUUGUGUUCACAGCAGACUUGGGUUGCUUCGUCUGUGUUUCUAAGGAUUGCUUCUCCUUGAUAGAAUCUUCACUAGGCCCUUCUUUUUUCCUUAAGUCACUAUAUUACACCUUUUGUGCCAAUUUAUAGUACUGUAGCAUUUUCCGUUUGUUACUCUUAUUGCCAGUCUGAUAAAUUUUUGGGACAAUGGUCACUACAAUGUCGACCGAAA